AUGGCAACAUUAAACUUAAAUGAAAAUUCAUUUGAAUAAUAGAAUAAAGAAAUGAAGAUAUUGAAAGUAGGUAUAAGAAGAUUCAAAUUUCUUUGUUAACGAAAUAAAGUGUCUUAAGAAUAAUAGAUUAGAGAAUAUUAAAAAAGAAUGAUGUAACAUAAAAAAACAUCUAAAAAUCGUUUAAAUGUCUUAAAGUAUUAAAUGCCUUGUCAUUUUGACGAAUCCAAACAAAUUUAAAAAGAAAUUGAAAAGUAGAAUUGUUUCAUUUCAAAUUUAUUUAGAAUAAGUUUACAUUAUCUCAAGGACAAUAGUGAUCUUGGAAUUGAAGAUAUCAAUUCUAAAUUUAUUGGUUUGAACCUAGAAGAAUAAAAUAAAAAGGUAUUUAAAGUUUUAGGUUUUAUAAACAAAAACAAUACUUUGGAUUUAUAAAAUUAAAUUCAAGAGGAAAAUUGA